AUGUCUCAGUUUAUCAAAAAGAAUAAAGGCCCUCUUAUAGUCUGUGGAAUUGUUGGUGGUGGUAUUGGUUUGUGGGUGUGGAAGACUAUGCGUGAAUGUGUGUAUUCAACUUUUGGCGUUAAUGAGGCGGAUGGUUACACUGUAAAGCGAAUUGAAGAGGCCUAUCGUAAGCUUCAAGAAAGUGAAGAAUGCCAUUCGCUUUUGAAGAAGCAUUUCACUGAAAGUGUGAAGGAUAAGCUGAAAUAUAAGAAGACCAAAUUGGGAGGGACUUUGUAUGAUAUCAUCCGCUCUGGUGUUGCCAAUCUUGACUCUGGUGUCGGUGUUUAUGCACCAGAUGCAGAAUCCUAUACAAAAUUUGCUGCUCUGUUCGACCCAAUUAUUGAUGACUAUCAUGGUGGUUUUGGUCCAAAUGCGAAGCAUCCCGCGACAUAUUUUGGCGAAGACAAAAUUUCGGAAUUGAAAGAUUUGGAUCCAGAAGGAAAAUAUAUUCUUUCUACGAGAAUUCGUUGUGGACGCUCUUUCAAAGGAUAUCCAUUCAAUCCUCUUUUGUCUCGUGAUGAUUAUAUUAUGAUGGAGACAAAAGUCAAAAAUGUUUUUGAUGGAUUAAAGGGUGAUUCGGAACUUGGUGGAACUUACUAUCCGCUUGAUGGCAUGUCAAAGGAUACCCAAAAGCAAUUAAUUGCAGAUCACUUUUUGUUUAAGGAAGGCGAUCGUUUCCUGAAAGAAGCUAACGCAAGUAUGAAAAAGUUUAAUUUAAUUUUAUAUCAUAUUUUAUUUUCUAGACCACUUUUGGCCUGCAGGAAGAGGAAUUUUCCACAACGCCAAAAAGGCAACGGAACAACUGUGCGUGCAUCUGUACACAUUAAAUUGCCAAAGAUAAGCUCAAAGCCUGAAUUCAAGAAAAUUUGCGAAGAUAUGAAACUGCAAAUUCGUGGAAUUCAUGGGGAGCAUUCUGAAACGGAAGGUGGUGUCUAUGAUGUUUCGAAUAAGGCGCGUCUUGGACUUACAGAAUAUGAAGCUGUCAAGCAAAUGUAUGAUGGCGUUAAGAAAUUAAUUGAGCUUGAAAAGGCAGCUAGUUGA